UAAAUAUUGCAAUUUUUUUAACUUACAAUUAACACAAUAAUGUCAAUGAAUGUAUUAUGUAUAAAUAGAUCUAAGAUCUAAAAGAUUAUUUAUUUCAUCAUAGUGAUCAUAUUAUUCAACAACAUGAGAACUAUUUUAAAAUUGGUGUUUUUCUGCAUUAUUGUGGUCGCAAUCACCGAAUCUCUGCCUAGACCCACAUCAGAACCUAAUCAAAACAAAACUGGAUUAGUUGAUGGAGAGAUAUUCCUAAUUGAUGCAAUUAUAAUAGAAAACGACAGGAAUGAUUCUGAUAUAACAACCACUUUGGAACCUCACAAAUUGGAAGUAAGAGCUGCUGGAGAUUAUUAUGAUGAUUUGGAUUAUGCGGCUGAUACCAAUAAUGAAGAGAUUUCAGUGAGGAAAGAAGAUGGUCUAUCAGGAUUCGAGGAUCCGUACAGAGAUGAACCUGCUCAUAAAAUGCAUCAGUACCUUAUUGUUUAAUUGUGAGUGAAUUAUAAUUAUUAAUUAUACCGUUUGCCGUGGGAUGCAAUUAACAAAACGUACAGAAUCUUUAACAGGUUUGGUUUUUACUUGAAAAAAUUAAUUUAACAAUUUUAUGUAUAAAAUGAUAUGAGCCAUGACAUUAUUAAAUGUUUUAAUAAACAUUUUUCAUUCUUCAGCUCGGUACAGUGGAUUAUUUUUAUAUUAUUUGUUACAGAUUAUAAUUAUUUAUAAAGAAUUAAAUU